GCCCAUAGCCUAACUCCGCUAAAUAAAAUCCAGGCUCGAGUCCCUCCCUUCACCGUCGUCGCCCGCCGCCACCGAUUCCGCCAUGGGCCAUGAGGCAAUGGGUGCUCGCCGGCGGCGGCGGCGGCGAGGCGAUUUCCGAUGCACUGCGCUUUAUUGCCGUCAUUUUACCUGGACGCCAAGCUCACUCACCCAACCCCGAAGCUUCGUCUUGGUCUACAGUUCGAGCCUGGCAAGAUGGUGUCGAUGGAAGAGAAGUGAGCCAGGAUACGGCACCCCUCCCCUCCCCUCCCCCCUUCAGUUCUCCACCCACUUUCUUUUGCAAGCGCUGGAAGCCCUGUAGAUUAGUACAUCAUUUAGCAAUUAGCAUGGCGCAGCUGGUUCAUUCUUCUAGUACAAAUAUGUUCAGCUUGUUUUAUACUGUAUUGUGCAAGUCAACCAGUCAGUCUCCGGUCAAAACUCACUACCUCAGGUGGAACCGUGGAAAGCAUGCCCCCCUAAUUAUUUGUGGUCAGUGUGUGUCGUAUGAUUAUUCUUCUACAGACAUAAGAGAGAGUCACAUCCCAGCAUUGACUGCAGCCAUCUUCCAUGCUUUACUGGCAAUUGGAAAAUUGCUUUCAUGGAAUCUUCAAAGCUGGCAACUCCGGAUGUUCAUGGUCUGUGGAGAUAUCUGCUGGAGAAAAAGCUCAUACCAUCCUGCAGCGAUUACACCAAGUAUUCUGCUUACCAUGCUCUCCCGUUGAUUCGUUAUCGCGAGAAACUCACAGAGUUUAUGCUUGGAGAAAGCCAUGUUGGUGGAAAUAAGCUACUUGAAGAAGUGCACAGUUGUUGUUCUGCUGAUUCCAUCUGUGUUAGCAAUAAGAUGUUUCUCGGCUACCACGCCAAGAGACACCAUCGCGUUCAAUGAAUCCAUUUCUGAUGGGCAGAGCCUUGUUUCUAGUGACAAGAAAUUUGUGCUUGGAUUCUUUAGCCCUGGAGCUUCAAGCCACCGAUAUAUUGGUAUAUGGUAUAACAGUACUCCAAAUGGAACGGUUGUAUGGGUUGCUAACAGGAAUGAUCCAGUAUAUGAUAAGUCCGGUGUACUUAAGUUUGAUGAUGUCGGUAAUCUGAUAGUCCAAAAUGGCACAGGCAGCUCGUCUAUAGUUGCUUUUGGUUCUGGGGUGGGAGUGAGGGACAGGGAGGCUGCAAUACUGUAUACUGGCAACUUGGUGCUAAGGAGCAUGGCCAACCAUUCAAAUAUCAUAUGGGAUAGCUUUGCCUAUCCUACUGAUACAUGGCUCCCUGGAAUGAAUAUUACACUUAGAAAUUUGCUGACAUCAUGGAAGAGCUAUGAUGAUCCAGCAACGGGAGAUUACACUUUUGGUUUUGGACCGAGCAUAAUUAAUAGAUCAGCAUCACAAUUCAUUAUUAACUGGAAUCGGAAUUCAUUUUGGACAAGUGCAUCCUGGAAUGGUGACACGAAUUCUCUCAUUCCAGAACUGAAAUCUAUGAGUAUCAUCCCUGUUUCAUUUCAGUGUGACAACCUUACAUGCAUGUACACUCCCAACCCUGCUGGCAUAAUGACUAAGAUUGUUUUGGAUCAAAGUGGUUCACUGAACAUAACACAGUUCGAUCCGGAAACCAAAUUGUGGACAUUGUUAUGGAGACAUCCAGAUAGUUGUGAUGUGUCUAAUUUAUGUGGAGUUAAUGGUGUAUGCAACAACAGUAUGUCCGUAUCAGCAUCAGAAUCCAUUUGUCGGUGUCCAGAAGGAUUUGCAGCACAAGACCAAUCAAAUUCUAGGAAAGGGUGCACCAGACAAACCCCACUGCAGUGUAAUGGUGAUAGGUUUAUUGAUAUGCUUAAUAUGACAGUUCCUGGCAACAGACAGAAGCUGUCAGUUGUGGGAAAAAGUGAAUGUGAAUUUGCCUGUAUGAAAAGUUGCUCUUGUACGGCAUAUGCUCAUUCGCUCUCCGAUGUUUGCAGCUUAUGGCAUGGCAAUCUAACAAACUUGCAGGAUGGAGUUGAAACUCUUCAUCUUCGUAUAGCUGCAUCAGAAUUACAUGGUCACAAAAUGCUUUGGAUAGCAUAUAUACUUCCGCCAGUUGCAUUCCUUGUCUUUUGUCUCAUCUCUUUUAUUUGGAUUAGGAGAAGGAAAAAUAAAGGGAAAAGAAAACAGCCUGAUCACCCCCUCGUCAUGACUUCAGAUGUGAUGAAGCUAUGGGAGAGCGAAGACACAGGCUCUCACUUUAUGAUGCUUUCCUUUUCACAGAUAGAAAAUGCCACAGACAACUUCUCAACUGAAAACAAGCUUGGAGAGGGAGGGUUUGGCCCUGUGUACAAGGGCAACUUACCAAAUGGACAAGAUGUUGCUGUUAAGAGACUUGCAGCGAAUUCAGGUCAAGGACUACCAGAGUUUAAGAAUGAAAUCUUGUUAAUAGCCAAGCUUCAACACAGCAAUUUAGUGGGACUCCUAGGUUGCUGCAUUGACGGGGAAGAAAUGUUACUAAUCUAUGAGUAUAUGCCAAACAAAAGCUUGGAUUUCUUCCUAUUUGACCAAUCGAGAAGAGCUUUUUUAGUCUGGGCAAUGCGUCUUAACAUAAUUGAAGGGAUCGCACAAGGUCUUAUUUAUCUCCACAAGCAUUCUCGGCUAAGAAUUAUUCACAGGGACCUGAAACCAAGCAACAUUCUGCUGGACACUGAUAUGAACCCUAAGAUCUCAGAUUUUGGAAUGGCAAGAAUAUUUGAUCCUAAAGGAGGACUAGCUAACACGAAAAGAGUCGUUGGAACAUAUGGCUACAUGGCCCCCGAAUAUGCCAUGGCAGGUAUUUUCUCUGUCAAGUCCGAUGUAUUUAGCUACGGGGUACUGCUUCUGGAGAUCGUCAGUGGGCUAAGAAAUGCCGCAGCUCAUGGACAUGGAAACUCCCUAAACCUCCUUGGUCACGCAUGGGAGCUGUGGAAAGAAGGCAGAUGGCGCGAACUCAUUGAUAAAUCGUUGCACGGUGCAUGUCCUGAGAAUAUGGUGCUACGAUGCAUUCACGUCGGCCUGUUGUGCGUUCAGGAGAAUGCUGCUGAUCGGCCCUCCAUGGCCGAAGUCAUUUCCAUGAUUACUAGCGAAAAUGCCACCUUGCCGGCCCCAAAACAACCUGGUUUCGUAUCCAUGUUGCUUCCAACUGAAGCUGAUGUCCCUGAAGGAAGCUGCUCUCUGAAUGAUUUGUCAAUUACUGGCCUGGAUGGCAGGUAGUACUAUCCAUUAGUAAGGAGUGUUACAGUUGUUUCUGAAUAUAUGUUCAGACAUGAGAGUAUCAUGUUAUCCCAUCAUAUUAAACGGACAGCACUUUGAAGUGAUCCCAGGAAUUUCUGAAGUGCUCGAUCUCAAAGAUAUUAAUUGUCAUUAUUAUAGUAAGGCGGUAUUUUCAGGGGGAGCUGUCAUUGGUAUAUUUUGACAUAUUCAGUUCUAGUUUAACAAAACUGCUCUGUAAUCUGCACCCAGAAACCACCUUGACGUUACUGGUACUAAUAUCUGGCUGAGUUCUUGGAUAAAACAU